GCGAGUCGUGGGUGAAGGUCAAGCGGGUUCUGUAACUGGCAACUGAAUUGUAGUAUUUGAUUUUCAUUUUUUUGCGACAGAAAAAUCAUCUUUUUCAUCACAACAAAUAUCGCUAUGGCUGAACUACGACAGAUACCACUUACCGAAGUAGAAAAGAACAACUGCAACACCGGUUCCUGGAUAAUAAUCCAUAACAAAGUGUACGAUGUCACAAAAUUUUUAGAAGAGCAUCCAGGUGGUGAAGAAGUGCUUCUUGAACAGUCAGGUGGAGAUGGCUCAGAAUCGUUUGAAGACGUUGGACACUCAACAGAUGCCAGGGACAUGAUGGAACAGUACCUCAUUGGAGAACUUAGGAAAGAGGACAUCAGUAAGCUAUCUCCAACAACCGCGAAAGGAAAUGGAGAAAAUUAUUCUUACAUGGAAAAAGGUUCUUGGUCAAGUUGGUUGGUGCCUGCUAUCAUCUCGCUGGGUGUGGCUUUUGUAUAUAGAUAUUACACUUCGUCCACCAAGAAUUAAUGGGCUUGAAUCAUCUCAUCAGAUAACAACCGCAAAGUAGAUAAAUCAUCAAGGGUUGUACAAAAUGAAGAAAUUAUCCUAUCAAUAA